ACCGAAGGGAACUGUUCCUUCUCUUUCAUUACGUUGCUUGGAUCCCAUUCCAUUUCCUUUCCCCUCUUCAUCCUUCCCUCUCUUACUUCGGCCAUUUAAUCUCUCUCCAUAGUUAGAGGAGAGAGAGGAAGAUAUGGCCAUCAUGGAAGAUGUGGAGAGAGGGUUGAACGCCAAGCAAAAUGAGGUCAGGGAGCCUCUCAUCCAGCACAAGGAGGUGCCCAAAUGCGAGGAGUCCUGCAAUGAGAACCAAGGGUGCAUAGGGGUGGUCUUGUUUAGCACCGCCGUGGCGGUUUGCGGUUCCUUCGAGUUCGGAUCAUGCGUUGGCUAUUCUGCACCAACUCAGUCAGGGAUCAUAAAUGACAUUGGCCUUACUCUAUCUCAGUACUCAGUUUUUGGUUCAAUAUUAACCAUUGGUGCAAUGAUUGGUGCGAUUACAAGUGGACGUAUUGCUGAUCUUAUUGGUCGUAAAGGAGCUAUGAGAACAUCAGCUCUUAUCUGCAUCAUUGGAUGGCUUGCCAUUUACUUUGCAGAAGAUGCUCUCAUGCUCUACUUCGGAAGAUUUUCCUCCGGCUAUGGAAUUGGAGUUCUUUCUUAUGUGGUACCUGUGUUCAUAGCUGAAAUAGCACCGAAGAAUCUACGAGGUGGCCUUACAACCCUGAACCAGCUAUUGAUCUGUAGUGGGGGUUCAGUUGCCUUCAUCGUUGGUACAUUUGUUACCUGGCGCACACUGGUGCUCAUUGGACUGAUUCCAUGCGUUGUUCUACUUGCUGGUCUCUUUUUUAUUCCAGAAUCCCCAAGAUGGCUGGCAAAGGUGGGACGCCAGAAAGAUUUUGAAGUUGCAUUGCAAAGGCUUCGUGGAAAGGAUGCUGAUAUUUCCCAAGAAGCUGCAGAGAUUCAAGAAAACAUUGAAACUCUUCAAAUCCUUCCCAAGGCUAGGUUUCAAGACCUAUUUCAGAGUAAAUAUGUUCGAUCUGUCAUUAUUGGUGUUGGCCUAAUGAUGUUUCAACAACUUGGAGGGAUCAAUGGGAUCGGAUUUUAUGCAAGUGAAACAUUUGUAUCUGCAGGAUUUUCUUCGGGAACCCUUGGAACCAUUUUGUUUGGCUCUAUUCAGGUACCCAUCACAAUAUUGGGUGCUAUUUUAAUGGAUAGGAGUGGAAGAAAACCUCUUAUCAUGGUCUCUGCAACAGGGACGUUGAUAGGCUGCUUUGUAACCGGGGUAUCAUUCUACUUGAAGGGACAGGGAAUGCAUGCUGAAUGGGUUCCAAUACUAGCUCUUGCUGGCAUUAUUGUUUAUAUUGGAGCAUUCUCAAUAGGAAUGGGAGCUGUUCCUUGGGUUAUUAUGUCAGAGAUAUUCCCCAUCAAUAUUAAAGGAAUUGGUGGAGGCUUAGUGACCCUAGUGAACUGGUUUGGUUCCUGGGCAAUUUCUUACAGUUUCAACUUUCUCAUGAGCUGGAGUUCUGCAGGUACCUUUUUCAUCUUUUCUGCAGCCAGUGCAGCAACUAUUCUUUUUGUGGCAAGGGUAGUACCAGAAACAAAAGGUCGAACAUUGGAAGAAAUUCAGGCAUCAUUAAAUUCCUACAAAUGAAGAUUAACAAAAAAUGAGUAACUGUUGUUGGCAAAGCAGUUAAGAUAGUGUAGGGUCACAUAGGAUUUAAUAUUAGAUGUUAAAGAUGAAGGGGGAAAUUCAUACUCGUCAUGUGUGAGUCGCCGAUGUACCAAAAAAAAAAAAAAGAUGAAGGGGAAAAAGCAAUCAGUCAUAUCACUGUCUCCUCGAGAUUUCAUGAUGUUUAUCGUUUCAUUCUACUUUUUCAUUGUCACUAUAUCCUAUAAACUCUUACGCAAGGGCACCCAUAUUUGUUUAAAUGGAGAAUCUUUGUAAUUUGUUGAA